AUGGAACUUCAAAAUGUUCGGUCAACAGUAACAAAGUCACUUUUGCUCGCGAAAUCCUUGCUUUUUGACCCAGAAUUCUUUUGGUAUACAGCAACUUGUUUACUCUUAGGAGAAGCGGUUUUGAAUGUGCUCAUAAUUAAAUAUGUGUCAUUUACAGAGAUCGACUGGCAGGCUUAUAUGCAAGAAGUUUCAAUCUUCUUGAACGGCGAGAGGGAUUACACAAAUUUGGUCGGUGAUACUGGACCGUGUGUAUACCCUGCCGGUUUUGUGUAUGUGUACUCUGCUCUCUAUUAUCUAUCCUCAGGAGGAGCCAACAUUCGAAAAGUACAAUACAUAUUCGCAAUUGUAUAUCUGUGGACAUUAUACGUUGUAUUCAAUCUUUAUCGCAGAUCUCGACAGAUACCGCCGUAUGUCCUAAUUUUUAUAUGCGUGUCUAAAAGACUGCAUUCGAUUUACGUUCUGAGAUUAUUUAACGAUGUCAUAGCCAUGACCCUUUUGUAUACGUGUAUGUGGGCCAUGAUUGAAAAACGGUGGAAAUUGAGCUGUGUGAUUUAUAGUUUGGCGCUAUCCAUCAAGAUGAAUGUUCUCCUCUUCUUUCCUGCAUUUGGCGUUCUCCUAUUCAAGUCACUGGGAACUUGGAGAACUUUAGCACACCUGACAUUAAUUCUUCUCGUGCAGGUUAUUUUGGCUUAUCCAUUUUUGGUAACAUACCCACGAUCCUAUAUAGGGCGCGCUUUUGAAUUUUCCCGCGUGUUCACAUAUAAAUGGACUGUAAAUUGGAAAUUUUUUGAUGAAGAGACAUUUAUAAAUACAGGAUUCUCCAACGUUCUCCUGAUUGGACAUGGUUUCGUUUUGAUGACCUUCCUAUUUAGAAGAUGGUGUCGUACAGAUGGCGGUGUUCUUCCUUUGCUAUUUCGCGGUUUUUUUUGGAGGCGCGAAGACAUUUUUCGACAAUCAAAGGCUGUUACGGCUGAUCGUAAAGAUCUAUAUUAUCAAUUCGACGUAAUGGCAAUAAUUGAAUACUGUUGGAACGUCUAUCCGUCCACGAGUAAAAGUUCUUUGAUACUUUUUGCCAGUCAUUUAAUUGUGCUAACGGGAUUGUGGAGUGGUGAUUCAGAGG